UCUCAGCCCAGCAUCAGCAUACACACAACUACACACUUCCUACCUGGAGGACGGAGAGGAUGGACGCUGCAUACAAGAGGGUUAAUGGAAACUACAGCCCAGAAGCAGAAACAGGGGACCAAGUCCCAGGGCAGAAGAGAAGGGGCUCCAUGUACCUGGAGGAGGAGACCAACAAUAAGUCAGAGGUGAUCUCCUGCAUCUUCUCCUUAAAAGAAGAGGUCGGAGCUUUAGCCAAAGCCCUGAGGCUGUUUGAGGAGAAAGGCAUUAACCUGACACACAUCGAGUCCCGUCCAUCGCGCAUGAACAAUGAGCAGUAUGAGUUCUUCAUCAGCGUAGACUCCUCCUGCUCUCAGGCCCUGGAUGAGGUCAUUGACUGCCUGCGCACACAAAUCAGCGGCCAUGUGCACGAGCUAACACGCAGCAAAGAGAAGGACACAGUGCCAUGGUUCCCCAAUGAUAUCCAGGACUUGGACCGUUUUGCCAACCAGAUCCUGAGUUAUGGUUCCGAGCUGGACGCCGAUCACCCGGGCUUCACAGAUCCAGUAUACAGAGCUCGCAGGAAGGAGUUCGCAGACAUCGCCUACAACUACAGACAUGGACAGUCCAUUCCCAGGGUGGAGUACACAGAGGAGGAGAAGGCCACCUGGGGCACGGUGUUCAGGGAGCUGAAGACUCUGUACCCGACUCACGCCUGCCGUGAACACAACCGCGUCUUCCCCCUGCUGGAGAAAUACUGCGGCUACAGGCCAGACAACAUCCCACAGCUCGAGGACGUCUCCCGCUUCCUGCAGUCAUGCACAGGUUUCCGGCUUCGCCCCGUAGCCGGCCUGCUCUCGUCCCGUGACUUCCUGGCUGGACUCGCGUUCCGCGUCUUCCAUUCCACGCAGUACAUUCGCCACGGCUCCAAGCCCACGUACACACCUGAGCCGGAUAUCUGCCACGAGCUCCUGGGACACGUUCCUCUGUUUGCUGAUCCAAGCUUUGCGCAGUUCUCACAGGAAAUUGGCCUUGCAUCUCUCGGAGCGCCGGAUGAGUACAUUGAGAAACUUGCUACCGUGUACUGGUUCACCGUGGAGUUUGGCCUCUGUAAGCAGGGCUCUGAGAUCAAAGCUUACGGAGCCGGCUUGCUGUCUUCAUUUGGAGAGCUGGGGUACUCUCUAACAGAAAAGCCCAAACUUCUGCCUUUCGACCCCGAGAAGACGAGUGUCCAGAAGUACCCUAUCACAGAGUACCAGCCGGUUUACUUUGUGGCAGAGAGCUUUGAAGAUGCCAAAGAGAAAGUCAGGAAAUUUGCAGGCACGAUCCCCAAGCCUUUCUCAGUGCGCUACAACCCCUACACCCAGAGCAUCGAAGUGCUGGACAACACCCAGCAGCUCAGGAACCUGGCGGACAGCAUCAACAGUGAGAUGGGGAAAUUGUGCGAAGCCCUGCGGAAGCUGGAGUAACAGGACAGGAGAUCAGACUUGGAGAACCCUCCUAACAAUUUCUUCUUGGCUUCUUUAAACGUCAUGCUUAGAGAUUCAACUUCUUUGUAUUAAAACACAUACGCAAGUCAGAUAGUGACCAUAUUCUUAGAAUUCAGGUAAUAGGAAACAUGGGCCCGUUACUUAUGGAGAAUAGUAAGUUUAUAACCUCAUUAAUGUUACGUGAAUAAUAGCUUUUCAAAAUAAGAGCAUUGUAUAAUAAACAUUUCUUUGUUAGCUAACUGCAAUAAUCAGGUUAUUAUGCUUUUCAAAAUGACAGGAGGCUUUCUGUUAUUAUAUUUCAUUUAAUCUGGAUUAAUUAAAUGUUUUGUAUAUG